UAUGGAUCCCGAAGAAAAACAAUUAAUUGGUUCAAUACUUAGUGGUAUGUGAAUAUUAUGAUAAUGUCUUAGAUGAAAGCGAAGUGUAAAUGUAUGAAAGGAAAUAGACUCGAAAAAAGAGUAAAUUAUCACUGAACGCCAAAGAGUUUUAACCUAUAUUGGUUCAAUCCAAUGAAAAAAUUGAAAUUCUUGGAGAAAAUCAUGGUUAUGAAACUCUGACUUACAAUUCCACAAACACAUAACCUUAAAUGUAUAUAUACUCAUUUUACAUAUUAGAAUUAACGAAAGACAAAAAGAGAAGAAACCUUCUAUUAAAAUUUAUCAUGAUUUGAAGUAACUUUAAUUCUCCCCUAAAAAACACUAAACUAUGUAACCUAUUACUCCACCUUAAACUUUCUAUUUCACAUUUAACAGCCAUCCUUCUCUUUAAGAAGAUAAUUAAGUUCAAUUAUAAUUAAGACAAGAUGAUUAUCAAUUUAGAAAUUGUUUAGUAUCUCUUUUCUUUAAUUUUUAGGAUUAAAUAUGUGGGAAUUAGAAUGCUUCAAGAAAUCUAUAAAAGAUUUUUGAUAAUGGUACCUUUUUAUAAAGAAGUUUGAUCUUUGAGACUAUAGAAAAAAACUUAAUUAAGACAUCAAAAGAUUUAUUUGGAAAUUAUUUGGUUUAAAAAAUAUUUUUAUCAGGUAUUUUAAUAAAAUAAUUGAUUUAGGUGAAAAAUAAUGGAAAUUAAGUUUAUUUCAUCAAUUCCAAGGUUAUUGUGUUGAAUUAUCUAAAAAUCAAUAUGCUUCUAGAGUGAUGAAUAGAAUGAUAGAAUUUUUAAAAUUUGAGGAUCAUAAUUUAUAAAUUGAAUUUAUGGAUGAGAUAAAAUAACAUGUUAGAUAAUUAAUUAAUGAUAACAAUGGUUGUUAUGUAUUAUUAAGUUGUUUGGAGAAUUUUGAUUACAAACUUUGUGAAUAUAUGAAGAAACAUAUUGAACAAUCAGUAUAUUCUAUGUCAUAGCAUACAUAUGGAUGUAGAAUAAUUUAAUUUAUGCUUUAAAAAUAAUAUAGUUAAUCAUUAUUAGACUAAAUUAUGGAUGUAUCAUAAUAACUUUGUAUUUGUGAAUUUGGUAACUACAUAAUUUAGUUUAUAUUGAAGAGUAAUUUUAAAUUGUAAAAAAUGGAACUGUUCAGAAUUAUUAAGAGUAAUUUUUAAACAUUAUCUUACAACAAAUAUGGUAGCAAUGUUGUUGAAGUUUUUCUUGAUGUAAUUGAAUAAGAAGAUAUUAAAUUUAUUACAAAUAUAAUGUUAAAUGCUGAUCUAGAGAACAAGUAAAUUAUAUUAUAAUAUUUUAGUUAUUUAUUUGUAGCCUUUGCAACACAUCCAUUUGGAAAUUAUGUUUUUAAGAAAUUCUUAUAGUUAGAUUAAUAAUAUAUUAUUCCAGUUCUUGGAAUAAUGAAGAGACAUCCUGAAAUACUAUAAUAAAUCAAUACUUCUGAAUAUGGAUAGAAGAUAUUCUCUGUUGUAGAAAGAUCCAUCCAAUUUAUUUGAA